AUGUCUGGGAUCACUGUCAAUUAUGCCUGCGAAGGUUGUUCAUCUCUUACACAGGAGCUGAACUCCACCACGCAAUCGCAUCUAUAUCGACCAGUUGACGAGGAUGAUGAACUUCUUAAAUACAUCUGGAGGGAAUACCUUCACCCCAAACAGUAUGAAUGGGUUUUGAUUGCAGGGUAUAUCGUUGUUUUCUUCGUCUCUCUGAUAGGAAACACCCUCGUUUGCUUUGCUGUGUGGAAGAAUCACCACAUGAGGACAGUGACAAACUACUUCAUUGUGAAUCUCUCCUUCGCCGAUGUCCUGGUUACUAUCACAUGUCUGCCAGCGAGCCUGGUGGUGGACAUCACAGAGACCUGGUUCUUUGGGAACACACUGUGCAAAGUGUUGCCUUAUUUGCAGACAAUCUCCGUCUCGGUAUCGGUACUGACGCUGAGCUGCAUUGCCCAGGACCGCUGGUACGCCAUCUGCCACCCAUUGAUGUUCAAGAGCACAGCCAAACGGGCACGUAAAAGCAUCAUCCUCAUCUGGGUGGUGUCCUGCAUCAUCAUGAUCCCCCAGGCCAUAGUGAUGGAGUGCAGUAGCCUGCUGCCAGAGCUUACCAAUAAGACCAGCUUGUUUACCGUCUGUGAUGAGCACUGGGGAGCUGAAAUCUACCCCAAGGUCUAUCACACAUGCUUUUUCAUCGUCACUUACUUUGCUCCAUUGUGUCUGAUGGUGUUGGCUUACAUCCAGAUAUUUCAUAAACUCUGGUGUCAACAGAUUCCAGGUACAUCCACUGUGCUGCAGAGGAAGUGGAAGUCUCUGCAGUGUUCAGCGCAGGCAAGUGGAACAGGCGAGUCAGUCAAGGUCCGAACCAGCACCGUGUCAGCCGAGAUCAAGCAGGUGCGGGCCAGGCGGAAGACUGCCCGCAUGCUGAUGGUGGUCCUGUUGGUCUUUGCUCUCUGCUACUUACCCAUCAGCGUACUCAACAUCAUGAAAAGGGUCUUUGGAGCAUUCAAGAGCACCAACAACAGAGAGAGUGUCUACGCCUGGUUCACAUUCUCUCAUUGGCUUAUAUAUGCCAACAGCGCUGCCAAUCCCAUAAUUUACAAUUUUCUCAGUGGGAAGUUUCGAGAGGAGUUUAAGGCUGCAUUUUCAUGCCGCUAUUUUGGGGUAACUCAGGACAAAGAGGAAAGGAUCAGGGGCAGGACGAGCACAGACAGCCGCAAAUCACUGUCAACACAAGUCAUUCACUUCGACAAUGUCUCCCGGAUAUCUGACCAGGUGGUUUAA